AUGCCGACCGCAAAACCAAACUCAGAGGUCAAAUUCUACCAUCUCAGCACUGGCGUCACGAUUUCAAGCCCCUCACGAAACACGCCAUUGCCAGUCCAUGGAAAGUCUAGAAAAAAGACCAAGGGACCCGAGCUCGUCCUUCUGGUGACAUGGAUGGCUGCGCAGCCUCAACAAGUUGCACGAUACUCUUCGGUUUACCGCGCCCGUUAUCCGAAUGCAACCAUCAUCCACAUCUCGUGCACCGUCCUUGACAUGGUUCUAUUCCCCGCUAGCAGGAAACGCAGAGACCUCGGCCCUGUGGUGGACAUUAUCCAGGCUCUAUCAGAGGAGGAUGCACCAGAUGCAAGCGAUAUCUCCGACAUUCCGGACAAAAGCAAAAAGAGGCAGCCCCGAAUCCUCCUUCACCUCUUUUCAGGCGCAGGGGCCUAUGCCUCUUCUCAAUUGGCGCGCGCUUACAACGAAAAGUCCAAGACCUAUCUCCCGAUUGACGCGAUGGUUCUUGACUCUACCCCUGGGGCGGGCUCAUACACACGCCGCUUACAAGCAAUCAAGUCUUCUAUGAGUUGUGCACCGGAGAUGGUUCAGAUGAUCGGGGGGCUCUUUGCACAUUUGUUUCUCAUUUGCAUGUGGAUUGUUCAGUGGUUCGGCGUGGGGGAUAUGAUCACGCGGGCACGUCAGGACUUGAACAAUGGGACUUUGAUUGACAAUCGUGCACCGAGGGUCUACAUGUAUUCGAAGGAGGAUACCAUGGUCCGAUCAGAGGAUAUCGAAGCUCACGCUUUUGAGAUGCAAUUGAAUGGUGGACAGGUUCAAAAGGAAUUGUUUCAUGGAACUGGGCAUGUGGCACACGUGGAUUCUUUUGGCAAAAGAUAUUGGAAAGCAGUUGAUAAGGCUUGGAAGCAAUUGGAAAAGCGAACUCCUUGA